CCCAAGAGACCGCCUACUUUCUUUUACACGAGAUUGCAAGGCAUGGGGUACAUGUCAGCGAAACGUUACGCGUGGCUAUACGGUCCCUUGAUGCUAUACGGAAAACCACGAGAGAUUGCACGCUAGCAGUGAUCUUAUUGGCGACAAAAGUAAACACACACGCUAGGAUAAGGUCGGGAAUUGAUUUGAGUUUCAGCAUGGGUUUCUGUAGGGCUUGGUUGGUUGGUCUGAAGCAAGCAAUGCGCGGAUUUAAAACGAAAUCAAUCUUCAGCGCAGGUGAACAGCAAGAUUCAGGUGCGGAUGGGAGAAGAAGCGAAGCGCGAGGCGUCGGCCAUGAAGGCGAUUGUCGUGGUGACUAUGGCUUUCUUGCCAGCUACCUUUGUCUUGGUACUGGUAAGUUGUCCGUUGGUACACUAGAGAUGCAUGUUGGGGUAACAAACUACUAAACAGACGCUCUUUAGAAUGAACUUCUUCUCGUUCCAGCCGGACGAGCUUACGCCUAAACCCUCUUUCGUUGUGUCUCGACAUUUC